CGCCACCCCGGCUCGGCGGCCCUAUGCAGCGGCGGAUGGGCGAGGCGGUGGCCAGGGUGGCCAGGAGGGUGAACGAGGUGGUGGAGGCCCGCGAGGACGCCCUGGCAGAGAGGCCUGCUUGGGAAGAGGGGGUGAGGGAAAGGCGUGUCCCGUCCCGCUGUCCCCAUGUGGGUUUUUUUGGAGGACGAGCGCGGCGUUUGGCAGCCGCCGGCCUGCACCUGCCCCCGGCCGUCACUCGGCUCUCCCCGGGGUAGACCUGGCCGACUGCAAGCUGGUGGCCUUCCCCGCCGGCAUCUACAAAGCCAUGAGGAGCGUCGCCGAGGGCAUCCACCGCAUCUCGCUGGCCAACAACGAGCUCAGGGCCCUCGCCGGCCGCUUCGCCACCACCUUCAGCCAGCUGCGAGAGCUCAACCUGGAGGGCAACCUCCUGCACCGGCUGCCCGAGGAGCUGGGGUCCCUGCUGCACCUGCGGGCCAUCAACCUCGCCCGCAACAAGUUUCGGCGCUUCCCCGAGCCCCUGGCGGCCGCCCCUGCCCUGGAGAGCAUCGACCUGGAAGGGAACGAGAUCGCAGAGGUCCCGGUGGAGGUUCUGGCCUCCAUGGCCUCUCUGCGGAGCCUCAACCUGCGCGCCAACCCCGUGUGCCCCGACAUGCGCCUGCUCGUCCGGCCCCUCGUCCCCUUCGAGCUGCUGCUGUCACCCGAGGGCGACGUCCCCGAAGCCUGACACGUCCUGCCUGCUGCAGCAGGACCUCCCCGCGGCCUCCACCUGCUGACACCGCCCGAUUAAACGUGUGUUGCACGCACUUUGCUCGCUGAA